GUCCACAUCUGCAAUAUUCACAAAUUUACCCACAAGACUGAUCCGACAUAUAAGAGGAAGCACACAUAAAACCCUAGCGGCCACCGUCUGCAUCUCCCCCUCUUCCGGCCUUCCUUCCUUCCUCAGCUUAGGGUUUCUGAAGCCGAUCUCGAAGUCAUGGCGGAUGUGGAGCCGGAGGUGGCGGUUGCUGGGCAGCCGAAGAAGAGAACAUUCAAGAAGUUCUCCUUCAGAGGCGUCGACUUGGACGCUCUCCUCGACAUGUCCACCGAUGAGCUCGUCAAGCUCUUCACUGCCCGAGCUCGCAGAAGGUUCCAAAGAGGUCUGAAGAGGAAGCCCAUGGCUCUUAUCAAGAAGCUGCGCAAGGCGAAAAGGGAGGCCCCACCCGGUGAGAAGCCAGAACCAGUCCGGACUCACCUGCGCAACAUGAUCAUCGUGCCUGAGAUGAUUGGCAGCAUCAUUGGUGUCUACAAUGGGAAGACCUUCAACCAAGUUGAAAUCAAGCCCGAAAUGAUUGGACACUACCUUGCUGAGUUCUCUAUCUCAUACAAGCCCGUCAAGCACGGUAGGCCUGGUAUUGGUGCCACCCAUUCUUCUAGGUUCAUCCCUCUGAAGUGAAAGCCCUGUUUCCGAUGCACAAGCCCAUCUUUUGUUUUCCUUUUAUAUUUACAGGACAUUUGUGUUGGCAACCCGUGUUACAAUGUUCAGAAUGGUUUUUAGUAGUAUGAGAGGAUAGAGUUUUAUGUUCUCAUUGGUUAUUAAUGGGUUCGAUAUUUCUCUA